GCAGGGAAACCUCUGUUAGCAUCAUCGCCGCCAUGUCGCCAGUCGGGGAACUCCGCAGGACGCAAUGACGGCCGACAAGGAGAAGAGACGCGCGAUCAGCCGCGAGGCGGCCCGGCGGCGGCGGCGCGUGGAGUCGGACGUGUUUGGUGAUCUGUCCCGCCUCCUGCCGCUCCAGCCCUCCGUCAGAGCUCAUCUGGACAAACCGUCCGUCAUCCGCCUCACCCUCAGCUACAUACGCAUGCAGGCGUUGCUCAAAGAAACUGCCGGGUCGCACGCAGAGCUCGGACACGGCAUGAGACACCGCCACGGAGGAGAGGCACGGGACGGAUGCCGGUUUGAGUUUGGGAAAGAGACGGAGGGGUUGAACCCGUUGGAUGAAACCAGCAUGUACCUGAAGAUCCUGGAGGGAUUUCUCAUGGUGCUCUCCACCAUGGGAGACAUGAUCUUCUUAUCGGACAAUGUCAGCAAGUACAUGGGCCUGAGCCAGACUGAGCUUAUGGGGCACAACAUCUUUGAGUACACUCACCCGUGUGAUCACGAGGAAAUCAGACAUAAUCUACGUCUGACUGCAGAACUUGGGUGCAGCCAGAAGAGGGAUUUCGUCCUGAGGAUAAAAAGCGCUCUGACGCACCGAGGAAGAGUCGGGAACCUCAAGUCGACCACCUGGAAGGUGCUCCACUGUCAGGGCAGAGUGAAGCUGUGCACGGCUUCUUCUUCGGUGUCCUGCCUGCUGCUGACCUGCCGACCUCUGCCGCUCUCACACACGCUCCUCAGCACGCACACCUUCACCAGCCAGCACAGCAUGGACAUGAGGUUCACGUACUGCGACCAGAGAGUAACUUCUCUUCUCGGCUACCGGCCCGAGGAGCUGCUGGGCCGAUCCAUCUACGAUCUCUGUCACACGCUGGACACAAGCUGCCUGAACAAAAACCACCUGAACCUGUGUCUGAAGAGCCAGUCGGUCAGCGGUCAGUACCGGAUGCUGGUGAGGAGCGGAGGUUACGUCUGGGUGGAGAGUCACAGCGCCGUCAUCCCGGGCGUCCAGCCAUCCAGGUCCAGACCCAACCCCAGCCAGCCGCUCUGCAUCCUCAGUGUCACCUACAUCCUCAGGUGUGUGUGUGUGAAAAAUACAGCUGAUAAAACUUUUUCUGUUCAUUUCUGUGGCUUGCAGGUACGGACAACUUUUAAACCUGAGAAUUUCCAAGACUAAUAAAAAUGUGUUUUCAUUUAGAAAUGGUAAGACUGACACAACAUCUUAGUGGAAAGGAAAGGUUGUGGUGGAAACAUAUCUACAGGCAAAGGAGAAAGUAGUAAAUUCACUCUGUAUUCAGUCGGGUCUCCAUUUGCAUGAAGCUGGCCACCUACGUUUUUCAAAUUACCUUAAAUUUGUAUCAAAUGUUUGUUCUGCAUUUGUGCAAACAAAAAAAAUUUAUCAUAUAUAAGAAAUUAAUAAAUAUUUCCAAAGGUCAACCAGUCCCCCCACAUGUACAAGAUGAAACAAAUUUUGUGUCAAUCAUCUGCACUACAAAUGGUCUUGAUAAAAUGCAGAGGACUACGACCAGCAGAUGACAUGGAUCCUUAAAUCUUUACUGAAACUUCACACUGGACAUCCAUUUCCAAAUGAAAAUCAAAGCUUACUUUCAUCUGAAAACAGAAAUUUCUGUUGGUUUUGUGUUUUUUUUUCCUUCCACUAAACUUUCAGUUUACUUGUUUAUAUAAUCUGUAAACAUUCUGCUUCUCUGGCAGUGCCUUUUUAUGGCUUACAGUCAAAAUCUGAGGUCAGCAGUAUUCUUGAUUUUGUAGAUCAAAACAUAACAUAUUUUUAGUCUUUUCUGAGAAAAUUAAAGUUUUAUUUAUCAACUAAAUUAGCUUAAAAUGUUUUAAUAAUGAUAUUCUAAAGGUGCUGAGAAGCAUUUCUGUUGAAUUGUGCUUUUAAUGAUGUCAGCUCUGUGUCACAGCGGAGUGGAGGAGCCGUCUCUGCAGCUCUCUUUGGAUCAAACUUUCCAGAGAUACUUGAGAUGAAAUCAGAGAUUGAAGAA